AAAUGUCAAUAAUAGCCCCUUCAAACAAAAGCCCUCGCAGCUAUAGGGUGACCCUCAUCUCUUAGCCCCCAGGCCUUGUUGCCCUGCAGGCUUGUUCAGUAAACCCCAUCAUGCCCCUCAGCAGCCGCUGUGUUGCAAAGUUCACAUUAAUAACGGGUGGUGUUGGUACCGGCAGGUUGUUGGAGCAGAAGCGGAGCAUCCAGACAUGCCCAGAGGUCUCAGCCACCUGGCGAGCCCCGAGGUGCGAGCGGGCAGGUAUGAGACCCCCUCAGCUUCAGAGCUGCACAGACUGAUGUGGACAAAGAAAGGAAGCAGCAACCACCUGGAUGAAGUUUAUCCCAGGAUCUAUAUUGGAGACAUGUAUGCAGCAAAAAACAAAAGGACACUCCAGUCUCACCACAUCACCCACGUGCUCAAUGCUGCCGACGGAAAAUUCAACGUCAACACGGGGCCCAGCUUCUACAGAGACACCAGCAUCACGUAUCAAGGAGUGGAAGCUUUCGACAUGCCGUCGUUUGACUUGAGCUCCUUCUUUUAUCCAGCAGCCCAGUUCAUGAAAAAUGCUUUAAGCUUGCCAACAGGUAAGGUGUUAGUCCACUGUGCAAUGGGGCUCAGCCGCUCGUCCACUCUGGUUCUGGCCUACCUGAUGAUCCAUGAACACAUGACGCUGGCAGACGCCAUCAAAGCAGUCAGCGCCAACAGGAACAUUUCACCAAAUGAGGGAUUUCUGGAGCAGCUUAGAAAUUUGGACAUAAAGCUGCACCGCUAUUAA